AUGUGGGAUCAGCUGCCGGAGCUGAUACUGACACAGAUAUUUGGUCACCUCGGUCGUGAGGAUCGUGCCAACGUUGCACAAAUUUGUCGAUCAUGGGACCGUGCUCUUUCGUCGCCAGUUCUUUGGCGUUCCGUGACGAUCCUCAUCGAUCGUGAUCUGCGGGGUGACUUUCCAUUGGCGGGAGAACUAGCCGCGAAGUAUGGUCAGCAUAUGCGCGUUCUAGAGCUCGCUUGGUCACGACCGUACAUUCUACCGAGAGAAGCGCGCAUCACUCGUAACAUUCAAGCUGAAGCCGGCGCCGAUUUCCUGACGGUCAUCAGAGCCAAGAACGUCCAACUGAAAAAACUGAUACUCACCGACUGGAUCUUCAGUUGCAAAUGGGGGAACAGAGGGAAGCUGCUCUACGCGCUUGCGAACUUUUUAGGCUGUCAGCACAACUUGGAAACGUUGAGUUUGCUGAACGCGAAUCUCGGCGUGAGCGACGUGCUGCGGCUUCUAGCGAGCGCUACCAGGGGUUCUAGCGAACAUCUGGCAUACUUAGACCUUCGUGGCGCAUUUCGAGAAUGGCAAGCACCUCACAGCAAUUCCAGAUAUUUGCGGCUGCUCAGCCGGUUUCGCGCGUUAAAUACUCUCCGGCUCGAUUAUCCGGCACUAUCGGAUCAAACUCUGAACGCUUUAGCGAACGCUGCGCCAAAGCUGCUGAAAACUCUACACAUAUCUGUGCGGGACUCUGAUUCCAGGCAGCACACGAUCGCGGACACAGCUUGGCACAAUUUGGCCGUUGUUUGCCCUGACCUGACGGUCUCUUAUACUAUAGUUAACAUAUCCCAUUACGAGGAUAUGUGCUAUUUGCUGCUGCCCAGUGUGCCUUUGGCCAGGUUUCAAAUGUUCAGCGGACACGUGUGGGAUCAAAGCAGAUCUCGUAACUUCAGAAGCACCGUUGGAUUGCUUAUUUCUCAUUACACCAACACGCUAGCAGAAGUAAUGCUGCAAUUGAGAAACAAUCGAGAAAUGCUGGACGACCUGCUGAUCUGCAUGUUGGUGCACUGCAAGCAUUUAACAAGACUACAAUACGACGGUAUAAUAAGAAGUCUCGAUACUUUGCGGGACAUCUGUCAGCUUCAAGCUGAGAGCAAGACUCGUUUUCGAACAAUUCACGUGAAGCCUCGCAACGUUAAUACCCGGAAUCGUGCCAUUUUGAACGACAUCAAUUACCAUUACGAUCACAAAAUGGCCGAGCAAGGAAUAGAUUUCCGUAUCGAAGAUACCGCCUCGGUUUUGGUGUUUUACUGACGUGUCUUGUGGACCUUCUUGGCCGUCUACCACUGGUACCCGUCCCACUCGAA